ACGCGUAUAGCCCAAAUCUGAACUCUCAUGAGAGAGGAGAGAGAGCGCGAUAACGAUGGCGAUGCUAGUGAGCAUUGUCGUUUUCGCUCUCCUCCUUAUGCUGUUUCUCAUCCUCCUCAUCGUCUUUCUUCUUGUCUGCAAACCAUGGCGCUUCGUCUUCCUCUCUCGUUCCCGCACCGUCAAGGUUGGUGAUUUAGAUAGGCCGCUUGUGUCAGAUGAUGUAGAUCAAGCUCAAGAAGAGGACAAUGAUGUGAUCAGAAAUUAUGACUUGGGCGGUGCUCGUUUUCAAAAUGAUUUGCGAUCAGCUCGUACUCAGGGGCUUGUUCACAAACAGAGGUUUCCUUCUGCACCUUCGCAUUCAACUCAGGUAUGCACUUUGCAAGGUGAUAGCUUGAUUCUAGAUGUGAUAUCUGAUGCAUCAGAGGAUGCAUCGAUUGGUCAGACAAUUAAGCAUCCAGCAUGGACAGACCAGUUAAUUGAAGAGCAAAAACAUGUCAGGCAGGAAGAUCAAAUUGACAAGUUGAGAUUUGGUGUCAAAAAUGAUAAAUUUCUGGAUUAUCCGCCCAAGGUUAUCCAUGAUCAAAGAAGUUGCCUGUCUCUUGAGGUUGUCUCUGGUCCUUCUUGUGGAUUUCGUUAUUCUGUACUGUCAACAAGUUCUUCCAAGCUUCCGCUGACUCUCGGAAGAGUUCCUCCAAGUGACUUACUAUUGAAAGAUUCUGAGGUUUCUGGGAAGCAUGCUAUGAUAAACUGGAAUCCUAAUAAAAUGAAAUGGGAGCUGGUAGAUAUGGGUAGCCUAAAUGGAACAUCAUUGAAUUCUCAGCCAAUCAACCAUCCGGAUUCUGAAAGAAGGCAUUGGGGUAAUCCAAUGGAGCUUUCUAGUGGAGACAUAAUAACGCUUGGGACAACCUCAAAUAUUCAUGUUCAUAUUUCAUCUCAAGAUCAGCGCCAGAUGCCAUUUGGAGUUGGUUUGGCUUCAGAUCCUAUGGCUUUGCGCAGAGGAGGAAAGAAGCUUCCAAUGGAAGAUGUUUGCUAUUAUCAAUGGCCUCUUCCUGGUGUCAAUCAGUUUGGAGUGUUCGGUAUCUGUGAUGGCCAUGGUGGUGCUGAAGCUGCAAAAUUUGUGAGCAAGACUCUGCCUGAGAUGGUUGCUACUAUUUUGUCAGAUUCUCAAAAAAGAGAGAGGGUCAUGUCACAAUGUGAUGCAUCUGAUGUUCUUAAAGAUGCAUUUUCUCAAACAGAGGCAUGCAUGAAUCAUCACUAUGAGGGUUGUACAGCAACGGUGCUUCUAGUUUGGGCUGAUGAUGAUGAAAAUUUCUUUGCUCAAUGUGCUAAUGUUGGAGAUUCAGCUUGUAUUAUCGAUGUUGAUGGUCAGCAGAUUAAAAUGACAGAAGACCAUAAAAUUACUAGUCACUCUGAAAGACUUCGAAUUCAAGAAAGUGGAGAACCAUUAAAAGAGGGGGAAACACGGCUAUGCGGUUUGAACCUUGCUAGGAUGCUUGGCGACAAAUUUGUGAAACAGCAGGAUUCACGCUUCAGUUCAGAGCCUUACAUAAGUCCUGCUAUGCAUAUCAAUAAAACAAGUGGGGCCUUUGCACUAUUAGCAAGUGACGGCUUCUGGGAUGUUAUUAGUGUCAAGAAAGCAGUUCAGCUAGUCAUGCAGACAAGGGAAAGAUAUCCUAGAGAAGAAAAUUCAGCAGAGAAGAUUGCUAAUUUUUUGUUGAGUGAGGCUAGAGCACAGCGAACAAAGGAUAACACCUCUAUUAUUUUCUUAGAUUUUUACAGCAUAUCUAGAAGUUCCUCUAGUAAAGUUGAUUUGUAAUCUGAACAUCAAGAUUUAGUGUAAAAUUGUGAUUAUUAUUUGUUCUUAGUUUUAUCUUUUGAAGCUUCUCCUUUUGUAUCUCUUUUUCUAUACUGGCUUUUGACCAUUUUGAUAGGACGUGACAUCAAAUUGAACAGUGCAUGUCAAGCCAUAAGAUCUGCGGAAAGAAAAAAGAGAUCAAUUG